AUCCGUGUUGUUACCACAGAGAUGAUGUUACGCGUUAUUUGGUUCCCCGUAUUUGUCCACUGAGUCAACGGAGUGCUUUCGCUGGGUAUCAGGGGACUCUGUUGGGAAUUAAAGCCGUGAAAGCGUACUGGAGCUUAUCAGCGAUGGUUCCACCCAGCAUCUGAACUUUCCAGAGGAUGCAUACAACACGCAGCCCUUCAUCCAUCCCGACAGGUGUCUCAGGAGAUGCCUUGGACCUCAGCUUGUCCGGCUCCCAGCUCUCUGUGUCCAAAAGACCCAGCAGUGCAUCACCUGGGAAGUACUUCUCUCGGUCUGUGUCUGUUUCUGUGGCGACUGACAGCAGAGGAAAACGCAACACUCUGAGCGAUGCUAGCUUCGGGAGCUCCCGCUCCAUCAAGAACCUGAGGAGGUCCAACAGCACCACUCAGGUUAAUCAGCAGGCCAACGUCAGUUUAAGUCCAGGCCAGAGUGAAGACUACCUGUCCCUGUUCGACAGCAGCACAGAUGGACGCAAGAAACUGGCCAGCCUCAGCAAGGCCUCACCAGACAGAACCACAUGGAACAUCUUGGACGACCAGCCCAGAGCUUUCCCCCUGCACUCGAGCGCCCGCAGCACUGGCAGCGUGGACUCUCCGACCAGCCUGAAGAAACGAGAGCCCGGCAUCGCCCUGGCUGCCACUUUCACUGCCAACAACAGGAGCAACAAGGGAGCUGUGGGAAACUCUGUCACCACCAUCCUACACAACAACUACUCUGACAAACCACUCACACCUAAGAGCUCCAACCAGAAGCCGUCCUUUAAUAACAUCCUGAAGGCCACAGCAAACGACGAGGUGUCACUAGAGAACGGCUCCCUGACUAAGUCUCAGAAGAAUUUCUCUUCAGUCUCCCCCACAUCCAACAACAGAUCUCCAGUGUCGGCCCAGCGCGGCAGCCCUGUCCUGUCUCGAAGGAGGGAGGUCACUGAGGAGGAGGCCGAAAGGUUCAUUCAGCAGGUGAACCAGGCAGCCCUCACUAUCCAACGCUGGUACAGACACCAUGCGAAGAGACAACACGCUAACCAGGCUGCUCUCAAACACGUCCUUUCCAGUAAAAGAAAGGAGUGGGAGGAGAGAACAGAAGAGGACAGUCACCUGGAGCAGCAACAGAAGAAGGACGACGAUAGAAAAAGGAUUCGCGAAGAGAAAGCUCGUCUGGCCCGCCUCGCUGCCAUCCAGGAGCUGCAGCAGAAAAGAGCCCAGCGGGUUGCAGAGGGGCAGCAAACAGCUGAAGAGGAGCUGGAAAGCGUGAGGCCUACCGGUGUGGUCGGACGCAAGAAGCCGCCUAGGAUUUCUCCGAUCAACAGAGGUCCAGCCUCACCGAGCAACAACAGCCCGAUGUCACCCACAGAUGUGAAAGCUAAGAACACAGACUCCAAUUUGAAUGUUGUGGCGGAUUUCAGUGAGCUGACUUUCAGAGCCAUUUCUCCAGCUUUGUCUAAUAACAGAGGCUCUCAGUGUUCUCAGGAUCAGGAGGAAAGAGGGCAGGUGGACAUCUGCUUGGAGCAGCAUCAGGAGAAUGACAGGAAACUGAUUCGUAAAGAGAAAGCUCGUCUGGCCCGCCUCGCUGCCGCCCAGGAAAACACAUCUGAUGAGCUGCAGCAGAAAAGAGCCCAGCGGGCUGCACAGGUUCAGCAUGCAGCUGAGGUGGAGCUGGAAAACAAGAGACAGUCAGGUGUGGUCGGACGCAGAAAAACGCCAAGAAUUUCCCCGCUCAACAAAAGUCCAGCCUCACCGAGCAACAACAGCCCAAUGUCACCCACAGAUGUUAAGGCAAAAAACACAGACUCCAAUUUGAAUAUUGUGGCUGAGUUGGGUGAACUCUCCAGCUUCAGAGCUGUUUCCCCAGCUUUGUCGAAUUGCAGAGGCUCCCAGUGUUCUCAGGAGAUCCUGCAGAGGUCAGUGAGUGUGGAGGACCAGCGGCAGGGAGCUUUGUCCAGCAGAGCUCAAUCGAAAACCACCUUGAACGAGUUGCUGGACACCCUGAAGCUGUUAGAGGAGGAGCCAGAGAGGCUGUCACAGCCAAAGUGUUACCACAAAGAGAAAUAUGCCUGGAUAGAUGAGGACGGAGACUCUAACUCUCUGACCACCGACAACCUGGAGCGUCACGGCCAGCUGAGUCACCACCCUGCACUGCCAGACGGAGGCGCCCUUCUCUCCGAGGCCAAGCUGCAGAGCAUCAUGAGCUUCCUGGAUGAGAUGGAGAAGUCAGAACAAGAGAGGCCACGCUCAGUUACUUCAGGGUCACACAGAGAGGCUGUGUUGUCAGAGGAGGAGCUGGUUGGAGUGGAACAGGUGUCUGCCACUGCUGCUGAGGUCACCAGCUCCAUGAUGAGAAUCAAGCUAGAGCUGGAGGAGAAGAAACGCACUGUGAACAUGCUGCAGACUGCACUGGCCCAACAGAGGGAGCUGACAAUGAGACAUGUGAAGGAAACCGAGAAAGAGCUGAACAGAAACUUCCAGCUCCAGAAGGAACAAUAUGAAGCCACCAUCCAGAGACAUCUCACAUUCAUUGACCAGCUGAUCAAUGACAAAAAGGCUUUGAGUGAGCGCUGUGAAGGAGUGGUGGGAGAACUGAAGCAGGUCGACCAAAAGUACACCAAGAAGAUCGCACAAAUGCAGGAGCAGCAUGAAAUGGUGUGGCAAAUUCUGGGUCCCUUGUGCGAGGAAAUCAAGAAGUUAAAAGAGCUAAUGAGCGCCACAGAGAAGAUCCGGCGGGAGAAAUGGAUUGACGAGAAAACCAAGAAGAUUAAAGAGAUCACUGUCAAAGGUCUGGAGCCAGAGAUCCAGAAGCUGAUUUCGAAGCACAAACAGGAGCUGAAGAAGCUGCGGACACUUCACGAGGCAGAGCUGCUGCAGGCGGAUGACCGGGCGGCUCAGCGUUAUGUUCGCCAGUGUGAGGAGCUCCGGCAACAGCUGGAGAGGGAGAAGGAGGAGCAGUGUCAGAGAGAGAGGGAGCUGGCCAAACAGAGAUAUGAGAAGCAGCUUCAGGAGGAGGAGCUGUCUUUGCAGCAGCAGAGGAGGCGUCUCUAUAAGGAGGUGGCAGAUGAGAAAGAGAGGCUGGCUCAGCUGGCUGCAAGGCAGCGUGCUGAGCUGGAGGACCUGCGGAGGCAGCUGGAGGACAACAGUUCUCUGGCUGGACGAGCCCUCAGAGAGGAGCUGGACAAGACCAGAGAGGAGCAGGAGAGGAGACAUCAGCUGGAGAUGAAGGCGUUACAAGACCGUUUAGACAUCGAAAAGCAGACCUGGGAAGAAAACUACAAGAAAAAAGAGGAAGUGUGGCUGCUGAGUCGUGAGCGCGAGCUCAAGGAAGACCUGCGACGAGAGCGCGACAAAGAGAUCGAGCUCGCCAUCUGGACGCUGGAGGAGGAGACAAGCAAGGACAAAGAGGAGUGUGAGAGGGCGGCUGACAACAGGGUGAAGCGUGUGAGGGAUAAAUAUGAGUCUGAGCUGAGGGAGCUGGAGCACUCUGAGAGGUCGGCCGUUGAGAAACAACAAGAGCUGAGGAAGCAGCAGAUGGAGAUGGAGGCAGAGGUGAUGAGACUCCAGGCCCUACUCAGACAGAAAGAACAGGAGACCAAAGACAUCACUCAGACCAGGGACAAGCUGGCGGAUGAGCGUCACAGCCUGGCGGAGGUGAUCAGGCAAGAGUUUGCCGACCGGCUGGUGCUGACAGAGGAAGAGAACCGCAGGAUGAAGGUGGAAGUGUCAGAAGUUCGAGCGAGGCUGCGGCUGGAGGUGGAGAGGGUCACCAGGGAGAAGGAGGAGGAGUUGGCUGAAGUUCAUCAACGAGUGAAGGCGGCCAUCUUGAAGAAGGAAGAAACUGUCAACAGUCUCCGGAAGCAGCAUGAGGCUGCCCUGAAGAGGGCAGACCACCUGGAGGCUCUGUGGGAGCAGCAGAGGAAGCAGCUGCUGGAGAAGUGACUGACAGGAAGGCCUGGUUCUAUAUGUGUGGACCUCUCCUCUCCUCCAACGUCCCCCAUGCUCUCUGCUCUGAGCCCCCGCCUGAUGUUGUUUUCUCCGCUUUGGACGUCGUUCCUGCCAGCAAGACUGAACCUGUGGAACUUCAGAGGGUUGAACAAGUGACUUGUCCUACCUCAUUUGAAGAAUACAAAAUGGGGAAAUGCACUGGGCCCCACUGUAUAGCCCCCUCCAGGCAUGAAGGAGCGUGUUGUGUUGGAACUUCCCCAAUUUAAAUGCCACAGACCAGGUGGCACCAGAUGAAGACUAUAGGUGGACUGGACCCAUUUUUCUUCCUCUUCUUUCCUUCUGCUGCAGUUGCCGUUUACUGCAGUUUAUGUGACCCCCCCCCUCCUCCCUCCCUCUACAUUCUGUGGGAGCAGGAAUGCCUCCAUGUUCCCCACAGAGCUGCCACAGAGAACAGUUCCAGAUGUUUCUGAAACCAGCCCGGGCCUGUGCUGGUGUAAAGUGGGAGAAAAUGGCGUGGGGGGGGUUGCUCUUCCUGGAGGACCAGGACUCACAGAUCAGUCAGCGUCAGAGCUACAGUAUGAGCUUCUGUCUGUACCAAGACUCUGGUGCCCCCGUCUAUCUGUUGAGUUGUGUGUUUAACCCCGGUGCCCCUUGAGGUGAGAGCUAAUUACAGGAUCUACAACCUCUGCCUUGCUGCGGCUCGCUGACCAGCUCUGAAAGGUUUGUUAUGUGUCUUACACCAAAGUUUGGAUCUAACAAAGAAGUUAGAAUUAAUGUACUAACUAGGGGUGUCACGAUUUGUAUUCUAAAUUGAAAAUCAAACUCAGGAUUGUUGAUUCUCCAAGUAUUUUUUUCCUCUCUCCAACCAUUUUCCACAUUAUAAUCUCUCUCUAAAAAUCCCACAGUAUAUACGCCAAUAUCAAUAUAUUUCUCAUAGGCUCAUAUCAGCCAUUUGGCAAUAAUUUUACCUAUGAAUCAGGCAUCCUUUGUUGAACUCUGGAAACUUUAUUUCUGUUCAAUUCUAUUUGAUUUUGCCUUACCCUAACCUCCAGAAAUCCAACAGGAUAAAGUCAAGCUGUAAAGUAGCCUUAUUUUUUCAACAGUUUUUUGGGCAGGAACCCAAUGAUGUGUAUUUUUUUACAAAUCCAGAUGCAGUAGUUCAACAAUGGCAUAGUCAUCUGUGGUUAAAAAAAAAGGGCUGUUUAAAAAUGUAAAAAUGUGUGACUGAAAGCACCAUCAAAUCACAGAUUUAGAGAAUUGCGUUACACCUUUGUGUUGAAUCUGUUGAUCUUUUCAAAUCCAGAUGUCUAACAAUGGCAUUUUUGUCUGACCCGAUAAAUGUUUAAAUCGAAAAUUGAAUCGUGGAUCUGAAGAAUCGUGACACCCCGAGUACUAACACUGGUUACAGACUCAAGUUAGAAUGCAUGUAGAAUGUUGCUAGAAUGAGAGAUAGGAUGUGUAGGAAACUUUAAGGAAAAGGAGAGAAGAAAAAGCAGGAUGCCUGAUGGCAUGUUUGAGGUCAAAGACAGAUGAUCGUAGUGAGAAAGAUUCUGAACGUGAGGAAGAAAGUGGAGGAUGGUGAGGUUGGAGGGAGGAGAGAAAGAAGGAAUGCGCAUAGAAAAUGUUUAUAGGAUUAGGAGAGCAGAGCUGGGACAGAGUGGGCUGGUGGGAGGGUCUGUGGGGCACGAGGCAUGUGACCAGAGCUAUGUUAAAAGCCAUAUAUUUUGGGUUUUUUGCCUAGCCCGAUUCAGAGGCUGCGACAAAACACAUCGAACUCAACAGGCGGAGGGGGCCUGGAGUCACACACACACACACACACACACACACACACACACACACACGUAAACUAUCUGUGUUUGGAUACUGCAGCCAGAAACUAUCAGCACUUGCAAAUUUGCAUUUCAUUGUUUGUUUUUUUCCUGAAAUGCUCCUUCUUCUUGUCUAAUUUCUUAUCCCUUAUAAUGAUGGGAGAUAUUUGGAAACCCCUCUCACACACACAGAAAGUCUUUGUGGAUAAGAUUUCACUAAGAACAGUCCAUAGCAUGAGUUAGUCAGGGGUGGGUUGGGUGGGGGGCUGUAACAAGAGUGUGUCCUGCAGAGAGAAACUCUAAACCUGAAAGUGAAGCCUGUUAUUGAGGUGCAACAUGAUGUGAAAGACCACACUCUGAUUGUAAAGGCCCCGCUGCCACCAAAUUAGACCUUGGAUCACUAAAUAUUUAUUCUGAUUCCCUUUAUUUAUUCUCCAUUUUAGUGCUUUUACGUGUUACCAGUCCACAGAAGGGGUCAAGGAUGUAAAGUCCAUCAACACGUCAAGUGUUUUUAUUCCGUUUGCAAGAAUGCUUAACAGUUAGUUGGCAGAGCACAUAACUGCCAUAGAAACACUUUAUAACUAUGCCAUUUGUAGAUGGUUUAAAUACAGUAUGUCAG